AUGUCCGAUCCGGCAGUCAGUGAGCGCCGAAUACGUCCGAUUCAAGAUGCUGUCGCAGGUACAAAUUGGAAGCAGGCUCUACAGCUUUGCGACAAGUGGUCGAAAAAAGGAGAGAAAUCAGACCGGUUUUUGGCGUUGAAAGCCUUCGUCCUUGUCAAUCAGCCAGAUAAGUCCCAACAUGAUCGAGGCCAGGCAGAAGUCUUGGAACUAUGCAAGCGAAACCCUCCCAUCACCGAUCCUGAAGCAAUAUACCAAAUGCAAGAUGCGCUCAAGAGUCUGUCAUUGAACGAAGAGGAGGGCCCCAAACUGUGGGAGCGAGCUGUCAUCGCCAAACAAAAUGACAAGGACCUAUACAUCAGAUGGCUCAACCAAGCCAUCGCCGACGACAACUGGCUUAGUGCUCAAAAGGCCACCAUGGGGUUACGAAAAUCCUUCCCAAAAGAACGAAACUACGAAUUCUGGAAUAUCUUGAUGUGUUUGCUGAUACACAUGCAACACGACCUUCCAGAAAAAGACAGAAUGCUCUUUGGUACGCUCGCAUAUCGAAUGAUUUCAAAAGCCACCGAAACAAUUCCGCUUGGUCAGGAACAGGCCUUGUCUUCGGGAAAAGCAAUCUCCACUCCGGAAGAAAUCUCACUACUCGCCCAAGUCUUGAAUUACACGGGGCGAGCGGAAGAGACGGUGAGACUCCUUCGAGGAGAGUCAUUGAACAUGACAUCUCGGAUCGGCAAGCAAGAUCCCCAACUUGUACUGUCUUUGCUUCUGGAGUCCCUGAAUAUGUCGGAACAAUGGAGUGAGGCUCUGAGUGUGUGCCAGGAGCUUUUGGCCAAGGCCGAGUUCCAAUCAGAUGAUCGGAUUUGGAAUCUGUGGCUGAAGGCACAAUCGAGAUGCUCUGAUGAUGAAUUCCACUCACAAUCUCCACCACUACUCGAUUCUCUGUGUAAUGUCAAGCCAAUAAUCCGAGGACCCUAUUUGGCCAAAAUGGCCUUUCUGCGGGCCCGGAAAAACGACGGCAAUUUGGACGCUCUGCUUCGAACUUGCAAGGAAUAUUCGGAGGCGUUCGCCCUAAAAGCCUUUUGUUUUGAUGACCUGAAAGAGUCUCUUCGACAACUCGACAAGGCUCGAUUCGAUGACUUUAUGAAAUGUCUUUCAGAAAAUCAUGAAAACUUGGCGGAACUCUUCAAGCUCAAGCUUUCAUAUAGCUCAUUUUCAUCUGAUGUUCGGAGGAAAGAUCUUCUGGAUUUUAUAUGUCGGGCUCUCAGCCUCUAUCAAGGCUCGCUGUCAAAAGGCCCAGCAUGCGCCGAGGCUGCCAUUCUGGCUGUCAUGGCCUUACUGAGACUUUCACAGACGGAAGACACCAGACAAAGUAUCCUCUUUGCAAUAAUCUUUCUUCAGAUUGCCCGGUCCGAAUUCGAAGACUACUACUUACUGAAUAUACUCCUCGUCCAGCUUCAAUCAUAUCUCGGUUUGCUCUCCCUAGCGAUGGAGAGUUUCGUCAAACUCAGCGUGAAGAACAUGCAGUGGGAAACGGUGGGACAUCUUAUUUUGACCAGGAUAUCGUCUUUACAUCCCUCGUCUACCGGCCAUGGUGAGAACGCAUUCGAGCCUCUUAAGGUCGUCGAUACGGGCUUGACCGUCCUCGAGAAUGCCGAAAACGCUCUUGUUCGCGGAAUCCGAGAAGGCCUGAGAUUCAGCAGCUACUCGAAUAUCUACAACAGCAUCAGGAUGAGAUCGGACAUCGAACGAAGCGUGAAUCGACAGGUCUAUGCGAUCGAAGAGCGGAAACUCAGGAGACUUCUGGGCCAGUCGGAUGAAACAAUUUUGCCGGCGUGUCCGUCGACUAUUGUUGACAGUAGAGACGUCAGUUACCUUCCAAAUUAUGCCGAAAACGAUUCCGCCCUGCUCGCCAGCUUCCGCCGCGGUCCUCUGCCGAAAGAAGAUUGGAUCAAUACCAUGGCGAUUUUCGACAAUGUGGCGACACACCUCAAGGCAGAUCUCACGUCUCAAGUAUCACUGGCCCCCAAAACGAUGGAGAAUAUCAGAACAGCCCAACUCCGCGUCGAUGCUUCUAGUGAAGGGUUAGCAGCGCAGCUGACACUGGCAGAGCUUUCGAACUUGGCGUCCCACCAAAUACUCGCCGAAGCAGUAAUGGCCAAGGAACGCCCGGGGCAACAAGACAAACUGGCCGUGCUCCUCGAGGACCUCAAAAGCUGGCUAUCGGCAAGAUUGACCGAGCGCAAGAGCCAGCCGCCCGGUUCAAUCGUAGCGGGGAUCCGCGUACCGGACUGGGAAGAUCUUCAUACCAGCCUUACGCAGCUGGAGACUCUGCAGGUCGUGGCAAUGCUUGUCGCGAGCCUGGGAAAAAGGGCAAAGAUGGCCAAACCUAAGGCCGUGUCGAUUUCCAAGGAGACGCUGGCUGAAAUCCACACUCUCGUCUCUGACCUGGAGCAACAGAUUCACAGUGACGCGCGAGACAUCAAAGAGCAGAUUAAUGCCCCCGGCGUCCUGACACGGUUGGUGGACUUGGGCAUGGCGCGCGAAGGCGAUGUUGCUAAUUCGGAGCUUGAGUCCCUGCUGGAAAAAUUGUGCGAUGAGGUCACGAUGGAAACGAUCUGCGGGCGGUUAAAGGAGAGCUGGGAGGACGCCUUGGACGGUGUCCUCGCUGUCAAGGUUAAGUGGUUCAAGUGA